CGUCUGAGCUGGCUUGGCUCUACCGUAUAACAGCUGACAGCCGGCUAUCGAGACGCACCAACAAACCAAAGAAGACUUCACCGUCUUUUAAUUCUGCUCCAUUUUCCAAGUCAAUCCAAAUUGUUAUUUUAUUCCCACCCAGUCCAUAAACUGCUGGUUUGAUCCCCAUCUACACUCAGCAUGCAUCCUUAUUUUUGGUUAUUAAUGUAUUAUUAUAAUUUUUAUACAUAUUUAUAAUCAAUAAUCAUUGUCUCUUACAUUUAUUAAAUCUGAUUCAAUCUACUCUUAAUUUAAUAAAAACAUAUAGCACUAUAAUUGUACAAGUCCUUAAAAGGUGGCCAAAAUGUGUUAUUUAAAAUUGAUGAAAUACUGUAGUCUAAAAAAAUAACGAGUAUAAUGUUACACUUUAACAUAUAACCAGGAUAUAACCAGAAAAUCUGGAUUUAAAAGCAUUUCAAUCUCUGCUGCUUUCACUGGCCAAAAUAGCCUGUUUUGUGAUUGGUACUCCACCCUGGUUGCUCAAAACGUUUCGUUUCUACCUUCUAGGCCUUCAACACUCUGAGAAAAAAAUAACUUAAUUAAACCUGUAUCUGAAUGUUUAAUUAAAAAAGACCAAAAUCAAAAAUACUGGCAAUAAUUUAGACCAGUUAUAAGUUUUGAUCUUAUUUUACCACCUCACCAAGUGUUUUUUAUGUGUUGAGGAAUGCUGUUGGGUUAGUUGUUUCUGGGUGGGACAAACAGGUUCCAACUACCGUCUCAUUCUCAAGUCAGACUCAUUCCCUCGUUUCCGUGCAUCAUGACAUUUAUGGUCUCAGGUGUUUGGGUCAGGGUUUUGUGUAUUUUCUGUUUGGUUGUGGUACCAAGAGUGUGGGCGGAUUAUUGCACCAGCUACUACGAUUCCGACAAUCAACUCCAUGUUUCUGAGAAAUGUGAUAAGUAUUGUUGUGGUGGCUGCAGUAAAAAAUAUUGUUGCAAAAACAAAAAUGACCGCUUAACUACAGAAGAACAGAACAACUGUCCAACAAGGCCUACCAUUACUAAAUACAAUCAGACUAUUGUAGUUGUGGGAAGCAUUCUUGGUGCAGUUUUUCCCAUCAUCAUCUGUGUGUGUGUUAUCGUUUGCUGUGCCGCUCCAUGUUGCUUGUGCUAUAAAAAGUGUAGAAAACGGCCCAACCAAAGGCGGAUAGUGGUAACAGACACUGUAGUCAACAUGCCCCAGCCUUCGUACUCACCAUCCGGAUAUCAAGCUCCCCCUGCGGGCUAUCAGACGGUUCCGGGACAUUGGGGCUCGUCGUUGCCCACUGCCCCGCCCCCAUCGUAUAUGGAGAGCAUUGCUCCAUCUCACCUUCCAGCUACCUUCCUACCAGGGCAGCCGAUGUACACUCUGACUCCUUCCAACCAGCCUCACUCACCUCCACUGCUUAUAGAUGAAGUUGCACAGCACCCCUACAACCCCUCAUAUGUAUUACAAACCUGAACUGAAAGCAUCUUACUCAAUUAAAAUGUAUGCUUCAAAGACCUGGUUGAAGUAUUCUGUGCAAACUGGAAAACCUGUGGGUUAUGGUGUGUGACUAUCCUAGAUACCUCAGUGUGUGGUGUUAAAUUAGAACUGAUGUACCCCUGGAGAAAUGUUCAAUGUUUAUAGAGAAUUUCAUAUGAACUAGAGCUUUAUCUGUGUCUGUUUAUCUGUGGUAGUUUUCAUCUUUUUAAUGGAUGAUCUCAUGCUAAAUGUGGAACAAUGACAAAUAUAUUUUCAUAUUUAAAAAAGUCACAUUAGAACCAACUUUAAAACUGAUUUAUCCAGAGAACUGUUUGUUUAUAUCAAUUCACCGUCUCUGCAGAAAGGUUUCAUUAGUUCUUAGUUCAGUUCUGUAACAUCCUACAUUUAUGUUGCAAUGAAAGCUUGAUAAACAAUAUCAAAAGUAAAAGUUUUUAAUAAGGCAAGAAACCUUACACUACUUACGCAAAUAGAUAUAUGUUGCAUUUUAUCACAUUUUUCUGUAAAUUUUUGUAUCUCUUUGUUAACUUAAAAGUUACACUAUUUGAUUUAAUGAGUAGGUUGACAAUAAAACUAAAAACAAAACUAA